GUCUCGCUCAUCCCGUCCCACUCAUCCAUGCACCGAAAUUCACUAUGAGCUUCAAGGCAAAAGACCUCCACUUCGAUAGCUCGCAGCCAGCGUUCUUGCAGCGGCUGCGUGGGCAACUGACGACUGGGGACACGGCCCGUCAUGAACAACCCAUUGCCAGAAAUAAGCGGAUGAAGAAAGAUGACGAUGAGGACGACGCACCGGCAUAUGUCAUGGAAGAGACGAACCAAUCACUGACCAAGGAGGAGUAUGAGGCCUUUGUGUCAGGCAAGGACAGUGAAGAUGGCGCCGGUACACAACUGGACAAGGAGUCGCAAGCAACUGCGACGAAACCAAAGGAAAAGAUAGCUGAAGUGGGCGGUAACAUCAAAAAGCGCAAAGCUGCAAAGAUCAUUAGUGACGACCAAGACGGGAGCAAAGAAGGAGAAAAGAAGAACAGUGACAAGUCAAACACAAAAGCUGUCAAGAAACCGAAAAAGAAAGCUAAAGCUGUCAAACUCACUUUUGGCGAUGAAGAUGAGGGCUGAAGACUCUGGUCUGUUACACAACCACUACUUGACCUAAGGCGAUGCAAGGAUACACGAAACCAUGGUUGCUCUGCUCGGCCGAUAUGCAAGCUUGCUCAAUAUGGCAAGGAUGUUGAUAUUGCAUAGGUACCGGUAUACGGAUGCUUCAUACAGCAAGAUCCGGCACGGGAUCACCGGAUGCUACAGCCUGAUGCCCGGGGAAGAACGCCAGAGGGGCAAAUGGUAUCAUAGUGGGCGGAUAGGCCAAUGUCUGCGUUUGUCAACAACCACGGCCUCACAUUGCAGACCGCUGUUGAUUGUUUGUUAGUGCCAUGGAAGUCAUAGUCGCGAAUUGGUCCCAUGUGAGACCCCAAACUUGACAAAUUUAAUUCCCCCAAAAAUAAAAA